AGUAACUCAACUCCGGGCAAGAAUUGCAACGGUGGUUUCCACGGCUCAGACAACGUCUUCACCAACAUGCAGUCAAUCUUCAUUGGUUAUGGUCCUGGAUUUAAGACGAACACGGUCGUGGCCCCCUUUGAGAACAUUGAAAUAUAUAACCUCAUGUGUGACCUUCUUGGUAUCCACCCGUCUCCAAACAACGGGACCCAUGGCAGCUUGAACCAUCUCCUGAAGCAUCCCAUCUAUCGUCCCGUCUACCCAGCGCAGCUCUCCCAUGAAACCCCCUGUGAAGGCUCCAACCCGCUCCCCACAGACAGCCUCAAAUGCCUCUGUCCAUCUCAGAACCCUGAAAUGGAGACAGAAAUGAACAGAAAUCUUUUAUCAAUGAGUUCAGUCACCAAAGAUAAUUUGCGCCGCCGUCACCAUCCCUUCGGCACCCCCGCAGUCGUCCAGGCAGGCAUCAGCUUUUGUCUGCUGUACCACUCCGACUACCUGAGCGGAUACAGCAGAGACCGCCUCACGCCGCUCUGGGUGUCGUACACCCUCCCGCCUCUGUUCACAGUGCGAGACCCGAGCCACGAGGGGUGUGUUCGAGCUGACGUGCGCGUCCCGUCUUCCUCUGACCGGCUGUGUCUCCGCUACAGAAAUCAGAGCCAUCUGUCGUAUGGUCUGCUGCACCCCCCCUAUCUAAAUGCCACUGGUCCAGAGACUGACUCGCUUAUCAGCAGCAACAUGGUACCAAUGUUCCCUGCAUUUAAAAAGGUUUGGACACAUUUCCACACUUCCAUGCUUUUGAACUAUUCACAAGAGCUGAACGGGGUCAACGUCAUCAGUGGGCCAAUAUAUGAUGUAGAUUUUGAUGGAAAUGCCGAUCCAGUCAUCAGCAGCUCGAAUGAAACCGCUGUCCCGACACAUUUCUUUGUGAUCAUGACCAGCUGUGGCAACUCUCUCUGUGAGGGUCCACUCAGGGCCAUUUCCUUCAUCAUGCCCCACGCGCCUGACUACAGGGAGUUCUGCGCCGAGGAGUCUGACUUGUCGUGGGUGGAGGAGUGGCUGAGGUUUCACACCGCACGAGUCCGAGACAUUGAGCUUCUGACGGGACUCAGCUUCUACCACGGCAGGAUAUCAGUGGAAGAGACAAUACAGCUCAAAACUUUUCUACACACUGGUUAAACUCAGAGACUAUUUCUAAAACUGCUUGGCUCCCAAAAGACAGCCAGAUUGGUCUCCAAGCAGGCAGCUUUUUGGAUGCACAGUAACAGUGGAUUUUUUAGCUGCUUCAAUGAAGAAGGUUUCCUAAUUUCAGACCAAAGUGUUUUUUUACUUUAAGCGCCUUCUGUUUUAUUGGCCAUAUAAUCACUUUUAAAACCAAUCUUACUCUGAUUUAGGUGUGAAUCUAUGCAGUUGAUCUUGAUUUUAAGAAUAAAAAAUCAUCCUCAAGUUUCCUCCAACUUUUAGGCAAAAACCCUAAUAAAUGAGAAACUUUUUUUUUAGUCAAACUGUAGGCGGAGAAAUAUCAGGAAUACCAUCCCUUGUAUGAUUAAAUCCACCAGAAACACUUGUGUUUGAAUGAAUCAUGCUCUGCUUUCAGAUAACUAUCCAUCCAGGUUUUGUUCCUGCCUAAUUUUCAAAUGUUAUUUUUAUUUCGUUAUUUUUUUUUAUUUUAUUUUAUUUUUUUUAUGUUUUUGCACCAGUACUGUUUUUAGUGUUUUGUGAAUUUUUGAAAAAUAAUUAUUAUGUUUUCAGUUUAUGUAUGUUGGUUAUUUGUGUGUGCAUGAUGCAUGUAUGGAUUAUCAGCCCUGGCACAGACACAAGUUUAAUCCAUACAUACAAAUCAAGCGUGCCUUUAGUUUCCCCCUCUGUGCUGGAUAAAAGGACAUGGAAGAUGGUUCAAUGCUAUUGCGUCUUUUAAGUGUAAUAACAAUUCCUACGAAUCUAUUGACACAAAUAUAACCAGCCGUUGUAUUUUUAUAAUUACACUACUAAAAAGCAAGUUAUAAUUAGCUUUUAUACCUCCUUGCCCUCUCGUCCAUUUUCCAUGUAAUGCUUCUUCGUUAACAAAGAAAGAAGAUCAUUGAUAGCUUCAUGUUAGUUUUAUGUAUGUAUUUGUAUGCAACCUCCAGUUUGGGCCACUAGAUGUCACUAAAUCCCACAUCUGGAUUCUCAUAAGCCAGCUUGUUUGCAGCUACAGCUAUUUGUUUUUCUUUAACAAAUAUUAGCUAGUUCAAAUGUAAUUUUUGUUCAACCGAUUACUGAAUUAGAGUUCAAAUAUGUUUAAGCAGUAUUGUUAAAUGACGACUCUUUACUUUUUCCACAAUUUCGGUCUCACUGUGGUGUCCUGGUUGCCCAGAGUCUUGGAAACGGCUUUAUUGUCUUUUCCUGACUCUUGCACUCGUAUUCAAAAAAUCUGAAUAUUCUUGAAAAGUGAAUUUAUGUUAGUAAAUCACUAAUUGAGACUCAAUAUAUAUAUUAAUUACACACACUGGUGUUUUCAAGCCUUUGUCUUUUAAUUGAUGGUUUUCCGCUUAUGAAAACAAACCAUUUUAGAAUUAAAUAUUAUAGUAGACCAAUAAAAAAACUUUUUAUUAUGGAAAUUUGGCCUUAGAAUAUGUGAAUACCUUCUUAAAGAUUGUUUUCUUUUUAAACUACUUUUAAACUGUCAAACGGGCCUCAUCAGACUGCGUAGUGUAAUUUAUAUAAUAUGAGUGCAGCUAUCAAGGACUUUGUUUACCAUCGGUUCUUGAAUUUCUUUAGAUCAGGGCACAAUGUGUUACUAUUUGUGAACUAUUUCAUGUCGUCAGACCAGCUCAAUUGAAGUAAUUGUUUGAUUCUCCAGGCUUGGCAGUAAUUAGGCCUGGUUGUGGCCAGUGGAAUCACACCCUUGAGGCUCAAAGGUUCCUCUACAUGCAGACUGAAGUAGCUUGAAUCAAACCACCACCACUCUACUACCUCCAUACCUUUCACUCCCUUUCAGGUGUUUGUAUUUCAUUCCUCUGCUGUUAAAGUUUGAAUCUAGUUCAGCGAUUUGCAGCAAACUGAUUGUAUCUUGUGUUUUUUUAGGACAAAGGAAGGCAGUCUGUGCCCAGAUGGUUCAUUGAUUAAUCCAUGCAUGAGCGUGCAAAAGUGUGUGUGUGUGUGGGGGGGGGGGGGGGGGGGGGUUUCACUUUGGGAUCACUACCUCUCUCCUCUUUCUUUCAUUUGUAACUUUUUGAUUUUACAUUGAAUUCCUGAAAUUGUCCAUCAUGUGUUUCUUUUUCAAGACAGCAGUUAUGAACAAACACCUUAUUUCAUAUAAAACCAUUCUGAACC